GUGACGUGUAACAAACAUGGCGACUCAGUGCUGAGGUAGUAGACCCACGAACUCGGUGGAUAUACACACACACUGGCCGGUUUUGGUAGCCUUCUCUCUCCUGCAUCUACGCAGGGAUAGGUCGAAGAUGACGGCCUGAUAGAUGAGCAGUUAUAUCAAGAAAUGCAACAGCUCCAACAUAUUGCUGAACAACACCAGAAGCAGACGGAGAGCACAAAAACUAAGAGCAUGUUUCUGUCUAGGGCGCUGGAAAAAAUUAUUUCGGAUAAGGAGGUGAAGCGUAGCCAGCACAGUCAGCUGCGGAAAGCCUGUCAGGUGGCACUUGAUGAAAUCAAAAUCGAGCUUGAAAAGCAAAAAGAUGGAACAGUGGUCCCACCCCGAGCAAACUACAUUGAGGCUGACAAAUAUGUGCUACCCUUUGAGCUGGCUUGUCAAUCCAAGUACCCACGUAUUGUCAGCACCUCGUUGGACUGCCUACAGAAGCUCAUUGCAUAUGGCCACAUAACAGGGAACGCCCCUGACAGUGGUGCUCCAGGGAAGAGGCUCAUUGACAGGCUGGUGGAGACCAUCUGUAACUGCUUCCAGGGCCCACAGACUGACGAGGGGGUACAGCUGCAGAUUAUUAAGGCUCUCCUGACUGCAGUGACCUCUCCUCACAUUGAGAUCCACGAGGGGACUGUUCUGCUGACUGUGCGUACCUGUUACAACAUUUACCUGGCUAGUCGCAACCUCAUCAAUCAGACCACAGCCAAGGCCACGCUCACGCAGAUGCUCAAUGUCAUCUUCACCCGGAUGGAGACACAGGCGGCUUUAGAGGCUCAGGAGAAGGAUAGACUGUGUUUGCCUCAACAGAACCCCUCCCCUUCUCCUGGGCGUAUUUCCGGUUCCCCCCGGUCAGACCGCACCCUGGACUUCAACGGGACCCCAUCUCCAGCAGCCAGUACCCCGGACCUCAAUACCACCCCCCUGGCCCCAGACAUAUCCCCCAUUAAUGGCCAGCAAGAGGAGUGCAAGACCAAAGGUGAUGGGGCUGCGACAGAGAUGAGGGAGGAUGCCCCGCCUCCAGAUCUUGUUCCAGAGCCACCAUCAACAUUAACACAGGCACAACAGGAUGAAGAUGAAAUGGAUAGUGGGAGGUCAAUAGUAGGCGAGGAGGAGAAGUCGGAAGCUAAAUCCACCGAGCAACCAACUACAGAUGUACCUGAACCACAGUCGGUGGCCCAGACUGCCCCAGAUAAGGAUCAUUCCCCACCCCCUGAACCUUUGCAGACAGAGGAAGCACAGCCUAGACCCAGGGCUGAUACGAACCAGAUGAAUGGCAUUCUGGAUGACCGUGGCUCCAUGUCCUCUACAGACAUCCUGGAUGCAGAGUCCAUGCAGGGUGGCCAGAACGCUGCUCGUUUCUCCCACAUCCUGCAGAAAGACGCCUUCCUGGUUUUCCGCUCCCUCUGCAAACUUUCCAUGAAACCCCUGGCAGAUGGACCACCUGAUCCAAAGUCUCAUGAGCUGCGCUCCAAGGUGGUGUCACUGCAGCUGCUGCUGUCUGUCCUCCAGGGGGCAGGGCCGGUCUUCCGUACCCACGAGAUGUUUGUCAAUGCCAUCAAACAGUACCUGUGUGUGGCCCUCUCCAAGAACGGGGUUUCCUCUGUGCCUGAGGUUUUUGAGCUCUCCCUGGCCAUCUUUCUCACUCUGCUGUCCCAUUUCAAAGUCCACCUCAAGAUGCAGAUAGAGGUGUUCUUCAGGGAGAUAUUCUUGACCAUCCUGGAAACAUCAUCUAGCUCUUUUGAGCACAAGUGGAUGGUCAUUCAGACCCUCACUCGGAUAUGUGCAGAUGCUCAGUGUGUGGUGGACAUCUAUGUGAACUACGACUGUGACCUGAAUGCCGCAAACAUCUUUGAGCGUCUGGUGAAUGACCUGUCUAAGAUCGCCAUGGGGAGGAGUGGUCAGGAGCUGGGCAUGACCCCUCUGCAGGAGCUGAGUCUGCGUAAGAAGGGUCUGGAGUGUCUGGUGUCCAUUCUGAAAUGCAUGGUGGAGUGGAGCAGGGACAUGUAUGUUAACCCCAACCUGCAAGCCAACCUGGGCCAGGAGCGUCCGUCGGAGGGCGACGGUGCGGACCUGAAGCUUCCUGACCACCUGGCAUCUCGUCGGGACAGCGUCAGUUCUCUGGACUCCACCAUGUCCUCCAGCGUCCAGUCCUCCCAGCCAGAUCACCCAGAACAGUAUGAGGUCAUCAAACAGCAGAAGGAUGUCAUUGAGCACGGCAUUGAGCUGUUCAACAAAAAGCCGAAGCGAGGUGUCCAGUACCUUCAAGACCAAGGAAUGCUGGGAACCACCGCUGAGGACAUCGCCCAGUUCCUGCACCAAGAGGAGCGCCUGGACACUACCCAGGUGGGGGAGUACCUCGGGGAGAAUGUGCGUUUCAACAAGGAGGUGAUGUACAGCUAUGUGGACCAAUUGGACUUCUGUGGCCGGGACUUUGUCUCCGCACUGAGGGCUUUCCUGGAGGGCUUUCGGCUCCCUGGAGAGGCCCAGAAGAUUGACAGGCUCAUGGAGAAGUUUGCUGCCCGAUACCUGGAGUGUAACCAAGGCCAGACAGAAUUUGCCAGUGCGGACACAGCCUACGUCUUGGCCUACUCCAUCAUCAUGCUCACCACCGACCUGCACAGUCCACAGGUGAAGAACAAAAUGACGAAGGAGCAGUACAUCAAAAUGAACCGUGGUAUCAACGACAGUAAGGACCUGCCUGAGGAAUACCUGUCCUCUAUAUACGAUGAGAUCGCUGGCAAGAAGAUAGCCAUGAAGGAUAGCAAGGAGCACACCAUCACACCAAAGACCAGCAAGCACAACGUAUCCAAUGAGAAGCAGCGUCGUCUGCUGUAUAACGUGGAGAUGGAACAGAUGGCCAAGACGGCCAAGGCCCUGAUGGAGGCUGUGAGCCACGCCCAGGCCCCAUUCUUCAGCGCCACCCACCUGGAGCAUGUUCGGCCCAUGUUCAAGCUGGCUUGGACUCCUCUGCUGGCAGCGUUCAGUGUGGGGCUGCAGGACUGUGAUGACCAGGAGGUGGCCUCCCUGUGUCUGGAGGGGAUCCGCUGUGCCAUCAGGAUAGCCUGCAUCUUCAGUAUGCAGUUGGAGCGGGAUGCGUACGUCCAAGCCCUGGCUCGGUUCACCCUGCUCACAGCCAGCUCCAGCAUCACUGAAAUGAAACAGAAGAACAUCGACACCAUAAAGACCCUCAUCACCGUGGCCCACACCGACGGGAACUACCUGGGCAACUCUUGGCAUGAGAUACUACGCUGUAUUAGCCAGCUGGAGUUAGCCCAGCUGAUUGGCACCGGGGUGAAGACGCGCUACAUUUCGGGUGUGGUCCGGGACAGUCAGGCUGGCAUCAAAGGCUUUCCCACCGGGGGAGAGGAGUUCAUGCCCCUGGGAUUGGGGACCCUGGUUGGAGGUCCAGACCGAAGGCAGAUGGCUCAUAUCCAGGAGUCCGUGGGUGAGACCAGCUCCCAGAGCGUGGUGGUGGCGGUCGACAGGAUCUUCACUGGUUCCACAAGGUUAGAUGGAAAUGCGGUUGUGGACUUUGUGCGAUGGUUGUGUGCGGUCUCCAUGGAUGAGCUUGCCUCUGCUCAUCAACCGCGGAUGUUCAGUCUGCAGAAGAUAGUAGAGAUCUCUUACUACAACAUGAACCGCAUCCGUCUGCAGUGGUCACGAAUCUGGCAGGUCAUCGGAGAUCACUUCAACAAGGUGGGCUGCAACCCCAAUGAGGAUGUGGCCAUCUUUGCUGUGGACUCCCUGAGGCAGCUGUCCAUGAAGUUCCUGGAGAAAGGAGAGUUGGCAAAUUUCCGCUUCCAGAAGGACUUCCUCCGGCCGUUUGAGCACAUCAUGAAAAAGAACAGGUCACCUACCAUCAGGGACAUGGUGAUCCGCUGUGUGGCCCAGAUGGUUAACUCCCAGGCAGCAAACAUCCGCUCCGGCUGGAAGAACAUCUUCUCUGUGUUCCAUCAGGCCGCCUCGGAUCAUGACGAGACCAUAGUGGAGCUAGCCUUCCAGACCACCGGGCACAUAGUCCUGAACACAUUUCAGCAGCACUUUGGCGCAGCCAUAGACUCCUUCCAGGAUGCGGUGAAGUGUCUGUCUGAGUUUGUUUGCAACGCUGCCUUCCCUGACACCAGUAUGGAGGCCAUCCGGCUCAUCCGUCAUUGCGCUAAAUACGUGGCGGACCGGCCGCAGGCUCUGAGGGAAUACACCAGUGAUGACAUGAACGUGGCCCCGGGGGACCGAGUCUGGGUCCGAGGCUGGUUCCCAAUCCUGUUCGAGCUGUCCUGCAUCAUCAACCGCUGCAAGCUGGACAUCAGGACCAGGGGUCUGACGGUGAUGUUCGAGAUUAUGAAGAGCUACGGACACACGUUCGAAAAGCACUGGUGGCAUGACCUUUUCCGCAUUGUCUUUCGCAUAUUUGACAAUAUGAAGCUUCCUGAGCAGCAGACUGAGAAGCACGAAUGGAUGACCACGACCUGUAACCACGCCCUGUACGCCAUCUGUGACGUGUUCACUCAGUUCUACGAGCCUCUCAGCGAGGUCCUUUUAGCUGACAUCUUCACUCAGCUGCAGUGGUGUGUCAGGCAAGAUAAUGAGCAGUUGGCCCGGUCAGGGACUAACUGCCUAGAGAGCCUGGUCAUACUGAAUGGGGAAAAGUUCAGCCCGGAGGUGUGGAACGUCACCUGCUCCUGUAUGCUGGACAUCUUCCAAACCACCAGUCCACACGCCCUGUUGACAUGGCGACCGGCUGGUCAGGAAGAGGAGGCUGGUGAUGGGAAACACAUGGAUGUCGAUUUUGACACCCAGUCCCAGAGCAGCUAUGACCGGGCCCUUUCAGAGAGAGGAGGGCAGAGCCAGAUGUCCACCGCCAGCGAUGACACCUGGAAGGGCAAACCACAUGCCAGAGUGUCAGACCAGAAGCUGUUUGCUGGGUUGCUCAUCAAGUGUGUGGUGCAGCUAGAGCUGAUCCAGACCAUAGACAACAUUGUCUUCUACCCGGCAACCAGCAAGAGGGAAGACGCAGAAAACAUGGCUGCUGCACAGAGGGAUGCCCUGGAGAACACUGCAGAGGAGGAAGAACCCGGGCAGGGAGAGCAGGGCAUGUACAGACACCUCACCUCCCAGCACCUCUUCAAGCUGCUGGACUGCCUGUUGGAAUCUCACACCUUCGCCAAAGACUUCAACUCAAACAACGAGCAGAGGACGGCGCUCUGGAGAGCAGGAUUUAAGGGGAAGUCGAAGCCUAAUCUGCUUAAGCAGGAGACCAGCAGUCUUGCCUGUAGCCUGCGGAUUCUAUUCCGUAUGUACUCUGACCGGCAGCUGCAGGACUCGUGGCCUGACAUCCAGACACGGCUGCUGCUGGUUUGCAGCGAGGCGUUGGCCUACUUCAUCAACCUGACAUCUGAGAGCCACAGAGAGGCCUGGACCAACCUGCUUCUCCUGCUGCUCACAAGGACCCUUCGACUGACUGACGAUAAGUUCAAACCUCAUGCCUCCUGUUACUACCCUCACCUGUGUGAGAUGAUGCAGUUUGACCUGAUCCCAGAGCUCCGCGCCGUUCUACGCCGCUUCUUCCUUCGCAUCGGCUCUGUGUUCCACAUUGCUGCUCCUGAGAUGGGGCAGGCCCGGCCCCCGGUGCCCUAGGGGGGUUGUGGGAAGGAAUGGGAUGCUGAGGUGUAGAUAACGUGUGUGAUCCUGUCAGGAGUAAGGGGGCGUCUAGUGACGCAGGAAGUCAAAGUAACCAUUUCAUUUCCCUCACGUACAGAUGCUUUGCAAGAAAUCUGUUGCAAAGGAAAGCCUUGAAGUGUUGGUAACAAGGUCCGGUGCCCCUUGACCUCUUAAGAUUGACUUCCUCUUGACAUUCUGGGACCCCUGCUGGGAGUAAAGUACUGUGAAAGGACGGAGCUCUCUACUGACUGUUUUCUCAACACUGACGUUAAAUGUCAAAUGUAAUAGAAAAUGAACUACAACGAUAAUUUAUUAAUGCUAUAUAUAUCCCAUACCAGAUUUUGUUUGUCCUAUUUGUUGAUUUGAUUUCUUUCUGUUUUUAAGACUGAACAAACAUGCAUAUCCAAAUGUUAAAGCAGAUGAAGAACUUCAUUACUGAAUAUGCUGAAAAGUACCCCUGGUAGACACACUCAUUGGUAAUGUGCCAAUUAUAAGACACUAAAGUAUGCUCAGUGUAUCCCAAUGUGACGCUUUUGUUAAUCUUAUCUAAACAUUGUAACAACUGAAAGGCCUGAUACCAAGUCUCAUCCCUAUUACUGUCUUUUUUUUGUAAAGUUUCCUCUUGAUUUGAUCUUAUUGGUGGUUGUUUUCUGGCUUCCUUUGUUAUUUGUACUAUAACACAACCUGUAUAGAGUAUCGCACCCUAGGAUGAGUUCAUAUAGGAAUGGUGUGCUAUUGGGUGGUUCCUCAGACACCAUUCCCAUUUAUUCUGUGUAUCACUAUGGCCUGUUAGAAGAAUCCUUAUUUUACUCUUAUUUAUUUUUAUAGACUUAUUUUAUAGUGAUUAUACAUGCCAGCUUUCCUGGCAGGCUGGUUGAAAGACUACUGCACUUUCUCUUUUGCAUUCCCUGUGUCUCGUCCCCUAAAGGAGCCAUCUGGGGGCUCCAGUGUUCUGAGAGCUGAAUGGAAUUAGUUUCUAUUUCCUGGAAUGAAUAUGGUGUCUUAAAGGUUGUCACGGAAAAGCCCAUGAUGGUAUAUUGAUGGGAUGUUAUUCCCCCGUAAGACAGUUCUAUUUUUCUAUUUUCCCUGUUCUGUUUUACAUCUGUGGAGUUUGUGCAACAGAGCCUUCUCAUGUAUUGUCUGUCCAGUACUUUCUCAGCCUGUCAGUGUUAUCAGACUCAAAAUGAAUGCAUCAGACAGGAGGAAGAAUGAAACAAAACCAAAUGUCACUCAUAAAUUCAUCAACAUACAGCUACUCUCUUUACCAUUUGUAGUUUAUUCCUGUCAGCAUUUUUUAAAUAAGGGUGUGUGUAAUUAAGUGCAUUUAAAUAUUUUGAGACGUAUUCCUCCCUCGCAACUAUGGAUGUCUACACUUCCCUUGUGAAAGGGGUUCUAUAUAUAUAAAUAUACAUACAGUAUGAAGAAAUACGAGUGUAAAGUUUUCAUGUAAAAUAAAUAGAAAUUUAAGUGAUAUUGCUACACAUUGUGAUGUAAUCUUCCAAGCAGUUGGUGAAUUAAACCUUAAAUUUAUCUUGGUGAAUUAAACCUUAAAUUCAGA